ACUUGAAACCAAAUAAUUUAUUCUAAGUUCUAACCUUGAACUUCCUUUAAAACGGUAGUCGUGUAACGUGAAACGUCAGACGUGUACAGUGUAUAGCUUCAGUGAGGAUAUUUAAAACCACGAUUUAAUUAGGUAUAGUAAAAUUACUAAUUUUGAUAGUGUUAUUUGAGUUCUACAUAGUGUGCUGAUACGGUUUUUAUCUAAGUUUCUGAGAUAAUAAUUUUAGAAAAAUGCCACCAACGGCUGCAGAAGUUAAACCAGUGCCUCAAGAAGAUCCUAUUGGUAUAAGAGCAGUACUUCUUGGUCCACCAGGAUCAGGGAAAGGUACUCAGGCACCGCGGCUCAAAGAAAAGUAUUGUGUAUGUCACUUAUCAACAGGUGAUAUGUUACGAGCUGAAGUGGCGUCGGGCUCUGAGUUAGGGCGCCGGCUGAAGAAAGUCAUGGAUGAAGGGAAGCUAGUCUCUGAUGAAAUGGUGGUUGAUAUGAUUGACAAAAACUUGGACCAGCCCGAAUGUAAAAAUGGUUUCUUGCUAGAUGGAUUUCCUAGAACCGUUCCACAGGCUGAAAAAUUGGAUGACUUACUAGCAAAGAGAAAAACUGCAUUAGAUUCAGUUGUUGAAUUUAGUAUUGAAGAUAGCUUGUUGGUAAGAAGGAUAACCGGAAGAUUGAUUCAUGCUAAAAGUGGACGCAGUUACCAUGAAGAAUUCCAUCCUCCCAAGAAAACCAUGACUGAUGAUGUGACAGGAGAACCACUGCUUCGUAGAUCCGAUGACAAUGUAGAUGCUCUCAAGAAACGUUUAGCGACAUAUCAUCAACAAACCGUUCCUUUAGUUGACUAUUACAUGAGGAAGGGUCUGCAUUACAGAGUAGAUGCAUCAAAGGCGGCAGAUGAUGUUUUCAGUAAAAUUGACAGCAUUUUCAAAAGCUGUAUUUACAGCAGAGACCGAGUGUCUAUUUAAGUGUUAAGUAAAAAUGUACAAAUACUAUUUUGUAAUGUGAUUUGGUUUAUGUAUCUUUUACAUUUGCCAAUAUGUUCCAGGUCAUAGUGGUUUCUAUUUUAUAGACAAUUCUUUUUCAAAUAAAUGGAUUUUUAAAAGAAA